CAUGGAGCCUCAUCGGCAUCGCCCUACGCCGGCUGGGCUUUGCUUCCAGGGGUGGUGCUCCCGGCUCCUGCGGGCGACCUCUACCCCUCCCUUGCUAUUUAUCGAUCCCAUUGGUGGGGAGACCGCCCCCUUCCACCAGGGCCCCCCCUCUCCCAUCUGCGCGCGCACCCUCAACACUGUUUACCCCCUGAGGAGUGUAGCGUGAGGUGUGUGUAGCGGCAGUCCGUCGUGUACUAACCCCGCUGUAGAGUGAGCGAGUGAAAGUGUGCGUGACCCGAGCUGGCUGCCUCCCUCACGCUGCCCGUGACCAGUCCACGCCCCCGCCUCCGCCAGCAUCGUCACUUGGUCGCCCGUGUGCCGCUUGGUUCACUUUGGCAGUAGUUCACAUGGUGGGUCACGUCUGAGUGCAGUGAGCAGGAGUGACGUACUGAGUGCCGAGUGGAAGGGAAAAGCUUGUUACGGGCCGGCGAGGCCUCAGUCCAUGUCCCUUGGUGAUACGGGUGGUGUGGGCGUUGACCGGAGCCGUGCAGCCCCGCACGUCCACUGCUCCAGGCAUUGUGCCUUGCCUUUGCGGCAGCGUGACGCGCCCUUCACUACCUGGAGCUGACCCUGCUACCACUUGCUCGCAAACGUUGAUCCGUUGCAUCUCGUGACGUCAGAACUAUUGCUCUAAACCGAACAGGACCAGGACAUGUCUUGGUCGUACUCUCGCGCCUCACCGCCUCACGAGACCACCGCGCCCUGAGCAGCUGAAGCUCCGCAGCGAAGGGCCUCGAGGAGACCAAUGAAGGGUGGGAGUGACGCAGUGACGGAGGGGAUCAGCGAGCCGUGGUAGGAUGGAGGACCAGACAACCACAGCGACCCCGACAGCCACCACCACCACCGCCACCGCCACCACCACCACCGCCAGGCGCCAGGAUGAGGGCGAGGCGGAGAGUUCAGCCCGAAGGAGGAGAGUGGUGUCGACGGCGAGACUCACUUUGUCUGCUGAGUGGACCGCAGCGGCGACCAUUCCAGGAUGCGUCCAGCUGAAAGCGAGUCGGCUCCUGCGGCGGAAGAUUCCCCAGAGCGGCCACUUGAUGCUCCCCAAGAGGAUGUGGAUGCAGACUGUGCCCACGCAGGACUGCGAGGUGGUCGUCGUGAUGGCGGCCGGCACACGGGAGGCGACUCUGCAUUGGCUCCUCACUCGCCUCAAGACGCGCCUGCCCGAAGUGACCGUAUGCGUCAAGAACCACGCCGCCACCAACUCCUACGCCCUCUACCUCUCAGCUUCCUACGACGGGCUGAUCAAGGGCGGGGAAGAGAUGCGGCUGGUGAAGAGGACCAAGCCGGAGUACGGAGGAGGCCUAAGGGAGCUGUCGCACGCCGAGCUGGGCAUAUUUCAGGGCGUGGAAGAUGGCGCCACCUUCUUCAACACGAUGGAGCGGCAGAGCAUCGUGUUGUACCUGCUGCACUCCCUCAGGGCCGGCCAGGGCGAGGACGUGCAGGGGACAGUCUUCAGGGAGGGAGAGCCUAUCAUCCCCAAGUUUCAGUCUGAGGGCAUGAUCCACGCCAUACUGCCUCUGCACGACUACAAGCGUAUCGAGCACCUCAGAAGAACCUGGGUCCAGACCUUCUUCAGGUACCAGCCCAUAGAGGCCAUCCAGCAGUACUUCGGCUCCAAGAUCGCCAUAUACUUCGCCUGGCUGGGCCACUACACCACCGCCCUCACCGUGCCCGCAGUCAUCGGUCUCAUCUUCUGGGUGUGUCUGUGGGGGCGAGACCAGGCGUUGGAAGACAAGGGGUUCGUGCUGUUCGCGCUGCUCAACGUGGUGUGGGCGUCCAUGUGGCUGGAGGGGUGGAAGAGACACAGCGCCGUGCUCGCCUACAACUGGGGCACACUGGACACCCAGUUUGAGCUGCUGUCUGAGGCGCGCCCGCACUUCACGUCGAGUAGUAGCCUCUUAGUUGACUGCUGGCUGGCUGUGCAGGGCGAGCUACGGGUGAGCGGGGUGACGGGCCGCUUGGAGCCCGAGUACCCCGCCUGGCGCAGGAACCUCACCCGCUACCUGAUCACGCUCCCUGUAGUCCUGGGCUGCCUCUUGGUGGUCUUCGUGGUCAUGCUCCUCAUCCUCCAGCUCCAGGACCUGUGUGACGCCUUCAUCACGGAGCACGAGUACACCUUCUACCUGUCCUACGCCCCAAAGGUGCUCAUGGCCCUCACCAUCUCAGCCUUCGAUGAGGGCUACACCAAGCUGGCAGUGUGGCUCAACGACCUAGAAAACUACCGCGUGGAGGAAGCCUACCAGAACCACCUCAUCAUUAAGCUGGCAGUGUUUCGCUUCGUCAACUCGUUCCUGUCACUCUUCUACAUCGCCUUCUACCUUCAGGACAUGGAGAGAUUAAAGGAGCAACUGGCGGCGCUGCUCCUGACGAGGCAAGUGGUGGGCAACAUCAAGGAGUCGUGCAUCCCGUACCUCCUGGAGCAGUUCAAGCUGGCCAAGUUAAGCUUCGACUUGUACGGCGCCCUCUCCCCGUCCGAGGAGAACAAGCAGCAGGACUGGCCGCAGGAGAACCCCCCUCAGCCCGCCGGCAAUGAUACACAGGUGCUGGAAGAAGAGGACGAGGAGGACGACAAUAAGGGGGAGAACACACAGGUCGGGGCGGCGAAGAGCGAGGACGGGGAGGCCAAGGUGGGCAAGAGCCGGGACGGGGACCCUUGCCUGGCGCGGGGAUCCAGCAAAAGCCGCAUCGUGAGUCAGGCAGAAGUGGAGUGCAACAUGUCCAGGUACGAGGGCACCUUCGAGGACUACUUGGAGAUGUUCAUUCAGUUCGGCUACGUCACGCUCUUUUCCUCGGCCUUCCCGCUCGCCGCCACCUGCGCCUUUCUCAACAACCUGAUAGAGAUUCGCUCCGACGCCUUCAAGUUGUGCUGCGUGUUCCAGCGGCCCUUCGGCAACCGUGCCCAGAGCAUCGGCGUGUGGCAGGACGCUAUGGAGCUGAUGGGCGUGGUGGGCAUCAUGGUGAAUUGCAUUCUGAUCGGCCUCUCCGGGCAGGUGCACCGCAUGUUCCCGCACAUGUCCACCGCCCAGACCAUCCUGCUCAUCGUGGUGCUCGAGCACGCCAUGAUCGCCCUCAAGUACGGCAUCAGCUACGCCAUCCCGGAUAUCCCAGACUGGGUCGCCACUGAGAUGGCCAAGGUGGAGUUCCAGCGACGCGAGGCUCUGCGCAGGCUCUCCACCUCCAACUCGCCCCCCACCCGUGAGGACUCCCAGCCCCCCUCCCCCAGUAGGCACCUGUUCAGCCACUCGCUGUCAUCGGAGUACGUGGACCGCAGCGUGCAGACCGAGGUGAUGUACUACCGCCGCCGACACUCCUUCAAGACCUCCCCGAGCAGUACAAUCGACGAGGACGAGGUGAUGACUCCCUCAGACUCCACCAGCAGGCGUGAGAGUCUGAGCGAGAGCGGAGAAGUGGACGACCAGAGGGACGAGGAACAAACGCGGGGGUCAGUCAAGCUGGGGAGGAGUGUGUCGGCGGGCGAACGGAUGAAACACAGGGUGCCUCGCGUCAACAGAAUCAGAAAUCAAGAAAGCAACGAGUCCAACGAUUCAGAAGAGGAUUUAAUGCCCAAGUCCUUCGACAGCCUGCCCAUGCUAUCAGCGCCUGCCACCGUGGACAAGAAGAACAGGUUAUUCAGAUUCUCACCAGAGAACGAGAGCGCCUUAGGACAACUGAAGCCCCGGUCAAGGCUCCUGGAGCGGCCUGAAUUCGGUCAAUUUUCCUCGCGGUCUGCUGAGUGCGUGGCCGACCCCUCCACGCUGCGGCACUACCACGACGACUCCACGGGCCACAUCAGCGAGGAGGGCACGCCGGAGGACAGUAUAUCGAGCAGAACGCCCACUCCACAAGACGAAGCCAAGGCCAUCAGCACCCCGCACACGCCCCAGGCCGAGGCGGCGCCCCUGUCGCCGCCAGCGGCACAGGAGCGCAAGGAGCUGCCCGCCCCUCGCAGAAAACCACAAAUGAAGUUUUUGAAGCGCGCUCAGAGCCUCUCCUACGUGUUCAAGAGGAGCUCGAAGCCACCCGAGAAGAGAAAGAAAAUCAUCAAAGACGACUUCGCGGCGCUGACGGGUCGUCUGGAGGCGCAGGGCGAGCUGGCGCUGGUGCCGCUGGAGAAGCUGGUGGCCAUCGACGACAUCCAGAUGCAGCCGUCACUCUCUAGCUACAACGUGUACACAGAGUAGCGCUCGCUGCCUGUCUCUCACUCUCCCAAGUUUCCAGUGUCCCACCCGCCCUCUCCGUAGCCUCACUCUGCCUCUGUCCCUCUCUUCACCAACCCUCCGCUUCACCCUCACCCGGAUCACUAUUCCUUACACUAGUGCAUUAUUACUAGUCAGCCACAUUCUCCUAAGUGUUAGGUGACGCCAGGACGUGUUUGUUCGAGUGACAAGAGGCAUAAUGUUAACUUAGGACAACCAGGUAGCCAGACAGACGAGGAACCUUAGCGUAAUGAAUGUUUACUCGCAUAUCGAGGCGAAGGGUCGGCAGCGGCACAAGACCCUCGCUAGUACACUGCUCAUCCUCGGAGGGGGUGGGACAUGGGUGUGCUCAGAGCGCCUGCGUGCGCGUGCAUGUGCGCGCGUCCACCCUGGGCCUCAGUACAGUAGCGUAAAUAAUGUGCUCCUCCGUGUUGCUCUGUCAAUAAUGCCUUACGAUGCACCUUUGUUGCUAGAUGGUUAUUAGAUCGUGUUACAUAGCGUAGGCGCGCGGCUCAGGUUAACUACACGUGCAAGUGGUUUUGUAUGAGGUGAUGAGCGUGAGAGGUGCGCUGCAGAGGCUGGGACGCGGAGUGUGUCGCGCCGCAGUGCUGAGUCUUGCUGUCGCCUCACGCCACCUGGCAUUGGUCCGGGCGCCGCGCGGGUGUUCGAAGCCCGCCGCAGCGCCUGACUGGGAGAGCCGCGAACCAGCCUGCUUCUGCUUGCUAACGUUAUGAAGAGGUGUGUGUGUGUGUGUGUGUG